UGUAAUCUCUCUAGACUCUCACGAGUCUCACUUCACUUUCUUUCCUUUUGGUAACCACCACCUCCCAACCAUCUUCUACUUACCUCUCUCUCUCUCUCUCUCUCCCCUUCUCUCUCUCUCUCGCUCAUUAAUACUACAUACUUCUAUUCUCAGCUACCUUUGGAAAAAGCUCAGCUCUGGUAGCUAGCUUCUUUCUAUGGCUCCAGCAGCUCUGUUGAUGAAUGAAUCGUGGCCGUCCAAGAGGGUCUGCGUCAUGGGCUCAACAGGCCCCUUGGGCUCCACUCUCGUCCAACGCCUCUUGGAGAGAGGCUACGCCGUUCACGCCGCCGCCCUCCGCCACUAUCCGCCCAAUACCCACGUCCAUGGUGGAGUGGAUUGUUUAGAGGGAAUAUUGUCAUCUUGUGAUGAUGAGAAGAAGAAUAAGAGGUUGAGAGUCUUCGAUACAGACCCAUUGGAUUACCACAGCAUCUUGGAUGCAUUGAAGGGUUGUUCUGGACUGUUUUACUGCUUUGACCCUCCCUCAGACCGCCCUACCUAUGAUGAAUUAAUGGCAGAAGUGGAGGCAAGAGCAGCACACAACGUAUUGGAAGCGUGCGCACAGACCAGCACCAUUGACAAGGUGGUCUUCACAUCGUCUGCCACGGCUGUUAUCUGGCAAGACGGCCGCAACACAAUGCCAGACUUGGAUGAAAGAAACUGGAGUGACAUCAGUUUCUGUAAGAAAUACAAGUUGUGGCAUGGUCUGUCAAAGACGUUGGCAGAGAAGGCGGCAUGGGCACUAGCCAUGGACAGAGGUCUGAAUAUGGUUUCUAUAAACGGAGGGCUGUUGAUAGGCAGCAGCCCUCACGGUCAUCAGCUGAUGACCGUUGACAACCCGUACUUGAAAGGAGCGGCUGAGAUGUACGAGGACGGUGUGUUUGUGACAGUAGAUCUCGGGUUUCUGGUGGACGCCCACAUCUGCGUCUACGAAGACGUCUCCUCCUACGGAAGAUACCUAUGCUUCAACGAGGUCAUCGACUCCAACACCGCUGCCCUUAAGCUUGCACACAUGCUCUUCCCCUCUUCCCCAUCUUCUCCAUCACCUCAAAGUUUAGAGGAGGAAAGAGUGUACCAACAGAGGAUAAGCAACAAGAAACUGAACAAACUGAUGGUGGAUUUCAAGCGUGGACUGCUACCAGUUUAAUCGGAUCUAAAUUCCUCAGGCCGUAUGCGUACCGACAACUAUAUGAUUUUAAUAUCGGAAAGUUUGAGCGCACGACUUUAAAAAACAACUCCGCACACAACUGUGUGGACCCGUGUGCAUCAAACGGUCUCGGACACGGUCGCACCCGGAGUUGUGUCUCUGCGUGUAGAAUUCCUCUUUUUACUAAUAUGUAUAGACAACUUAACUUGCAAAGUUGUACCAUAAGGAUGUAUGGAUUUUGUGUCUGUGCCCACCAGGAUGCUCAAGAGUAUUAUAAGGCAUCUUGUGGUGUAUUAUGUGAUUAUUUCCCCAGACAAUGAGCUCAAUGAUAAUUUCCAUUGUUCCCUAA